AUGGCCGGCACCGAGGGACAAAGCAACCUCUCCUUCAUCCUCAACAAACCCCACGACGUCGAGUUCGCCGAGCGCCCCAUCCCCAAGCUCUCCGACCCCCACGAAGUCCUCGUCGCCGUCAACUACACUGGUAUCUGCGGAUCCGAUGUCCACUACUGGGAGCACGGCGCCAUCGGCCACUUUGUCGUCAAGGACCCCAUGGUCCUCGGCCACGAGUCCGCCGGCACUGUUAUCCAGGUUGGCGAGAACGUAAAGAACCUCGUAGUUGGCGACCGCAUCGCUCUUGAGCCAGGCUACCCCUGCCGUCGCUGCGGCGACUGUCUUGCUGGUUUCUACAACCUCUGCCCCGAUAUGCGCUUCGCGGCGACUCCCCCCUACGAUGGCACCCUUGCCGGUUUCUGGACCGCGCCCUCCGACUUCUGCUACAAGCUGCCCGAUAACGUCUCCCUGCAAGAGGGAGCUCUGAUUGAGCCGUUGGCCGUUGCCGUUCACAUCACCAAGCAGGCCCAAAUCACCCCCGGUGCCUCCGUCGUCGUCAUGGGCGCCGGCCCUGUUGGUCUGCUCUGUGCCGCCGUAGCGAGGUCUUUCGGUGCUACCAAGGUCGUCAGCGUCGAUAUCGUCCAGUCCAAGCUUGACUUCGCCAAAGACCUCGCCUCUACUCACACCUACCUCUCCCAGCGCAUUUCCGCCGAGGAGAACGCCAAGGCCCUCAUCAAGCAGUGCGACCUCGGCGCGGGAGCCGACUGUGUCAUUGACGCCAGCGGCGCCGAGCCCUCUAUCCAGACCAGCUUGCACGUCGUCAGAAUGGGCGGCACCUACGUUCAGGGUGGCAUGGGCAAGUCCGACAUCAACUUCCCCAUCAUGGCUCUGUGCUUGAAGGAGGUUACUGCUCGCGGCAGCUUCCGUUACGGCCCUGGUGACUACAAGCUCGCCAUUGAUCUCGUCGCCAACGGCAGAGUCAACGUCAAGAAGCUUAUUUCCGGCAUUGUCGAGUUCAAGCAGGCUGAGGAGGCCUUCAAGAAGGUCAAGGAGGGUCAAGUGAUCAAGAUCCUCAUCGCCGGCCCCAAUGAGAAGGUCGACGGAACCUUCAGCACCGAGGUGGACCCCAAGAAGGCAGCCGAGAACAGCAACCAGGGUGGAUGCUGCUGA